AUGGCACCUCAAGCCCCUCUCCAUGGCCCAUCAGGAGGAGAAAGCACUUCUCGAUCCUCCUCACUAUCGACCAUCAACUCUGUGAGUGUCCAAGCCGCCGUUUCAAGCUCCGCCACCACACCCAGCCUACUAGGCCAGGGCCAAGGACCUGUCUACACUGCCAACGACAGGGAGAUCAACCUAGCCCUGGUCGCCCAGCAUUUCCAGUGCACCCGAGCUGCCGCCCAGGACUUCCUCCGCAACGGCAUCACCCCCGCCCCCGUCUUUCCUUUCUUCCCAUCCGACACGACGCCGCAAGCAUUGGGUUGGUCAUCCACCACCGAAGCCGACGAUGAAAGGGCGCUUUCCACAACAGCGCAACAAUACAGUUGGAGUCAUGCCGCUAGCUAUAACGAUGUGCAUUCCGGCUCGAACGAGCCGGUGCCAUUCACAUCAAUUGAGGAAGAAAAGGCGUGGGACUUUUGCGAAGGAUUUCGCCACACGCGUUACAAAGGGAGCAUCUCGAGGGCGGUGUCCCUCUACUACAUGUGGGUUUCGGGAUGGGAGUUGGAUACUGCGGUAAAUUUAUUUAUGGACGACUUUGCGAGGCGUAGGACUGGGCAGGGCCCACCAGGGCUUGGGUAA